AUGGGGGGUGGAAUGGGAGUGGUAAUGAACUUACGUCUUCUGAGGCUCUUGCCAUACGUGGCCUGCGUGCUCUCUCUCUUCUUUGUCUCCUCCUACCUCUAUAGUCGCGAUACUGUGAGAAUACCGCAUAUCUCGACACCGAUUUGGGUACCGUUCUUGGACGAUGCGCCGCCAAUCGAGCUGCCCACGCCCGCAGAAGAUGCGCACCCCAUCAUCGAGCUCUUAGGUGGCGCAGAAAAGACCUUCAAUGAUCUCCUCUCGAAAGAGACAUUCAACCUGUCUGCGUCUGCGGAAGCGUACCGACAACGACGAGGCCGUCAACCACCCCCUGGAUUCGACAAGUGGUGGAAGUAUGCGCGGAAGAAUAAAGUGGUCAUGGUGGAGGAUUUCUGGGACCAGAUUUACCACGAUAUAAAUCCAUUGUGGGCGCUAGAUCCCACUGAUAUGUUAAGAGAUGUGAGGGGUCAGGUACGGCAGAUCAAGAUUAGGAAGGGGAAUGUUACGACGGAGCAGGACCAUUUUUGGAUGCCCAUUUGGCAAGAAUUGAUACAGAGCAUUGCGGACCACGGUGAUCUUCCAGAUAUGGACAUUGCGAUGAACAGUAUGGAUGAGCCGCGUAUGUGGGUACCAUGGGAGAAUAUGACCGAGUACAUGAGAAUUGAGAGCAGUGAGAGAAAAAUUGUGCCCCAAGGGCAGUUGGUGGAUAGGUAUACGGAAUUUGUUCCACUGGACGUCAAUGAGACGGUACCAGAGUUUACAUGGGAUAGCUCUCGUCCCUACUGGGAUCGAGUAGCUAGCCCUUGUCCGCCAGACAGUGCAGCACGUACAUAUCCCAUCCAAACCGACUACUCGCAACCACCGAAUAUGUCACUUGAGUAUACUGGACCACACACCUACCAAGGCUACGUGUCCAACUAUACUCUUUCGACCUCGUUCUGUCACCAGCCGGACCUCCAAGGUCUACAUGGCUUCUUCAUAGAAAGCAUCAGUUUUUCCUCGACAGACCGCCUCUUCCCAAUGUUUGGCAGCAGUAAGCUCACCACAAAUUCUGAGAUCUUGCUCCCACCAACUAUGUAUUACAAGGGAGAUGAUCGCUUCCAAGUAAAAGAGGCACCCGUACCUUGGGACAAGAAAACGGACACCAUCGUCUGGCGUGGUCUCGCUUCUGGGGGCCGCAACAAGGCCGACAACUGGAAGGGCUUCCAUAGACAUAGACUCGUGUCUAUGCUGAACGGUACCCAGGCCCUUCUCAUGCCCAAUAGUUCGGGAUUCAUCGACAUCGCCACCUUACCACUGGAGACCUACAAUCUCGCAGCUUUCUCCACCCCAGAUUCUUCUGAUAUUGAAGCCAAGGCAAAAGGUAUGGGCAACUGGCUCAAAUCCUUCACCAACGCCUCAUUCAACGACCUCGCUUGCUUCCCAAAGCAAGAACCCGUGGACGGGGUUUGGCUCGGUGGUUGCGAUUACACGGACUACCUCUUCGCUCCAACACCAGCCAUCAACCUCGUCGGCCAACACGGCCAUAAAUACCUGCCCGACGUAGACGGCAACUCUUUCUCAGGCCGCUACAGAGAUUUCCUCAGUAGUCUCAGCGUGCCGCUGAAAGCUACCCUGUUCAAGGAGUGGCACGACAGCAGGCUUGUAGCCUGGAAACACUUCGUGCCGAUCGAUAACCGAUUCAUGGACAUCUACGGCGUAAUGGAGUUUUUCAUCGGGUCUGACGCGGAUCCUUCUGAGUCAGAUACGGGGAAGGGCGUCGAGGGCGAGAUGCCCGCCUCGUCGUACACGUAUAAUCCUGAUGAUGGCGUGAAUGGGAAUUCGACUCCGAAGACAGGCGGUCGCGACCAUCUCGCGCAGAAAAUUGGCGCGGAUGGGAGGGAGUGGGCGCAGAGGGUGCUGAGGAGGGAGGAUAUGAGGGUUUAUACUUAUAGAUUAUUGUUGGAGUAUGCGAGGGUUAUGGAUCCGAAGAGGGAGGUUCUGGGGUGGAAGGAGGAGGAAGAUGAGGAGAGUUGGUGGAGUCACUUGGGAUAA